UACUUUUGCGAAGUCAGAACCUGGAAAUUGCCUCAGUUUGACAAGAGACUCAACUGACUUUCUUGCACUGGAGAUGAGUGAGUCAGCCAGGAAUGAAGGUUGUCAAGGGAUUAAUUUUAUAGCUUGAACGCUAUUAGAUAAACUGACCAUCCCCUCCAAGUCGUUACCUGUAAUCGAUAUAAUACCUUAUAGCAUCCAAGUAAAUAAUUUCAUCGGCUCCCAUUAAGUCUUUUUUUACUCUUUUUUUCUUUAAACCUUUCAAGUAACAAUUUUAUUUUCAAUGAGAUGAACACUUGUUUUGCAGACACCUCUAAUGACACACAAUGGCGACAAGCCAUUGUCACUGAAAAUGAAAUAUAAUUAAUAUACAAAGAGGUAAGUAAAUUCUGGAGAGAUCUAGGAACUCUCUUGAAGCUGCGAGCAGCUGAUGUUGAUAAUAUUGAGCAAGAUAACAGCUCUAACCGUGACAGGGCGUGGAACGUGAUGAAAAGGUGGCUCCAAAGGAAAGGAAGUGACGCAACGCUGGGAAUUCUUACAGAUGCCCUUGAGGAGAUAGGAAUGAGAAGUACCGUCGAAAAGCUAGUUGGAACAGAAAAAAUGACGGCUGGAUUAAAAUCCGUUCGAGCUGCAAGUGGGAAGUUACGAAAGGACGUUGAACUUUUGAAGAAAGAAAUACAGGAAGAGAAACGGAUGCAUCAAGAAACACGUUAGAUAGUCGGACAAUUAAUAGACAACGUCCACGAAAUGCAAACGGAAAUGGGAGAGAAAGACAGUCAAAACAUGCAAGCAAGGGUCCAACGCCUAGAGACAAGAAUUAAACAGCCGGAAAAGGAAGAAGUGCCGGAAUUGACCCGAUUAGGGGAAAUCGAAAGGGGUCUGUGUGUUGUACAGGAGAGCAUCAAAAUAAUCGCUGAAUACCUGAAGAUGGCAGUUGGAGGGUCAUUAGAAUCCGAAAAAAAUGCAUUAGAUGAACCUAAUGAGAGGCGACAAGAGGAAACCAAAUCGACAGAUCCAGUCCCGAGAGAUACAAUACAGAGAGAGCAGGAGAACCAAAGAACCGAUGAAGUGAAUAUACAACCUUUGCUUGAUGAAAGCCAAAAAUGUUCGCAUUGUCUUGGUUUGGAAAAGGAACUAAAUGAUAUGAAAACAGAAGAAAAAACUUUAAAAAUCGAAAUUAGCCGACUACAGGGUAGGCACAGUGAAGAUAAGAAGAAAUGGGAAGAUGAGAAUGAACGAAGGAAACAAGAAAUCAAACAAAUCAAGGAUAAAAGAGAUGCAUUGCAGAAGGCAUACGAUGAACAACUGAAGAGGAUAGCAAAAUUAGUAAGAAAAAUUGAACAGUUCAAGAAAAACAAAAACUUAGCUGUGAAAGAGAAGGACGACCAGAUUGAAAAGCUGAAGAGUGAGAAAGAAGAAUUAACGAAGCUUCAAAAAGAUGAAACCGAUCCAGAAGAGCUCAGACAGUUAAGGAAAGAAAAAACUGAGAUGUCAACUAAAAUAGAAGAGCUAUGCAAAAGAGUGAAUAACAGUGAGUCGGAGUGCAAGAGGCUUCAAGAGAAGCUUGAUGAGUAUAUUAAAUGCAGAUGGCGCGUUAUCUCGCCAACUGGGAAGCAAUUUGGCGACAACUGCCGUGGUGUCAUAUGCUUCUUAAAGAGAGAGUCGGCUGAACUGAGAGCUUACAGAUCCUCCGAUGGCCCGGGAAACGCAGUUGACAUAUUUGACCAUAGGAGGGGCACCAGCAGUGGGACAGCAGGAUUUAAGGAUUCAUGGUGGUCUAUUGAUCUGGGCCCAGGUAAUAAGCUUGUAAUCACAAACUGCUCAUUGAGAGACGGUAAAAAGAAUGGAGACUCAGCGCUUAUCAAUUGGCAACUAAAGGGAUCUAAUGAUGGAAUGAACUGGGAAAAAUUUGAAAAUUGUAGCAACAUGAAGGAUCCACAGUGCAAGUGCGAUGAUAGGUCUGUAUUUCGUACAAGCCUAUGGUCUUUUAGAGGGGAAAUGAAACCUUUUCGCUUUUUUCGAAUUUCUCAGACAGGUUGCAAUUCCUCUAGAAAAUAUGGAAUAUUCUUAUCUGGAAUCGAACUAUACGGAGUACUUCUAAGAUCUGAGAGCUAACAGCCAUGAAGGUUUUCGCCUUAACAGUUUUCAUCAAGCAUCCAAGAUACUGACCCUUUCAGAAGACAAGGUCUGUUUACGAAUUUCCAGCAAAAGUGUCUUUGAAGGGCCUCAUCAUAUUUUCAUGGUACUCUCUUAAUUUUCCUUUAGUGUGUAAUGCUUCCUUGCUUCGUUUUUCCCUGCUAGAACUGUUUGGUUUUGGAUGGGAUGCAAGUUGAUAAAAUUAAAGAUGCAAAUUGUUAUGAUCAUCGCUCAGUCAAUGGUAUGGCAAAUCAGUAUUUUAUAAGCAGUUACAUGGCAUUGCAGACAUUGAAAAUUAAAAUAAUGGAAUAGUCUGCCAGCUACCUAUGCUGCCAAUCAUCUCACUCAGUCUUAAGGAUAGAGUGUCAAUUAAUCUUCUUCUGCUCGGGUUUUUUCACGAAGAAUUCAUUCACGUAGGAAAUUACUAGCCUGAGGUCUUUGAAAUCACCAAACCCGCGAAGUAGAGAAGAAUUAUCAAAGGAUUUGUAAUAAGGAGAAAGAGACUGGUUUUCAAAAGUGUUAUGUAGACUGUCAGCCUGUUUUUCAGAGAUUAAAUUGGUGGAGUUUCUCUUUAAAAAGAGGUUUUCAUAUAUUACCAUUUUGGUUGUUGUUCUUCCUUCUUCUUGUAUCUCCGUCAAUAAGUUAGUAUUUUGCACGAGCUCUCAAUUGAUAGCUCUCAUAUUGUGGAAAUAUAAACGAGUGUUAGAUGGAACAAAACAUUUUGUAUUCAUCUGUGACCUGAGGCAUAAGCGCGAAAAUGAUGUGUGAAAGAUUGAUUAACAUGCAUCUCCAACAAAUACGAUACAUUGAUGCGUUAUAGGUAUUCACUACAUCACCAGAGAUCGGGGAUAUUUCGAGCCCGUUACGACAUAUCAGCGGUAUAUCGUAUCACAGACAAUUCCAUCUGGCGGCGGUGGAAGUGAAGUGAACACGUAACUUUCUGUUUUCGUAAACCCCACCAGAGGAAGGUCUGGUACCUUUCUAUCCCAGAGAGCCAUAGGAGACGUCAAAACAAGGAAAAUGGCGGCCAAAUUGUGCAGUUACUGGGACUUAUAUCUUUCCUGUUC